UCAUAAAGCAACACGCUUCUAGAGUGGAGCUUUUACUAAGGACUUCCUCUGCUCAUCCCCUCCCUCUCAUCCAUCCACCACGCCACUCUCUCGACAGGUCAACCAGAGCUCGCAGCGCACAUUCACGCCGCAUUCCCGUUGCUGCUGGAUAUCGCACGGCCAUGUCUCUGUGUCGGGCAGCUUUGCAGAGAUCUGGGCCUCUGGCUCGGCAUUUACUCACAAAAUCCCCCUUCUCUCACCUUAACAGAAAUGUCCCUCGAAGGACCAUGUCAUCAGUCCCUGGUGGCUCCGGCGAGAACAUUGUUUAUGCUUUGCUCUGCGGUGGCGCGCUGGCUGCGUCUCUCGCCUACACUUACCAAACCGUGACCUCAGACCACGACAGGUUUAAUGACCGUAUCGCUGACAUUAACGAGCGACCCAAGACCGAAUGGAAGCCUAAACCAUGGCCACCCAAGAGCAGGGAUGAUGAUGAGGAGGGUGAAGGUGAGGAGGAGGGAGGUGAGGAAGGAGAGGAGGCAGCAACGGAGGAUGGCGAGGCCGGAGAGGAGGUGGCCGCCGCAGAAAAUGGAGAGGAGGCGGCCGCCGCAGAAGACGGAGCUGAGGCUGAGGCAGAGCCUGCUGCUGAGGAGGAGGCUGGGCCUGCAGAGUCCGCAGUGGAGGCUGUCGCUGAGGCCGAGGAGGUCGUCACCGCGGAGCCUGCUGCUGCCGAGGAGGAGGCUGGGCCCGUAGAGACUGCAGUGGAGGCGGUUGCCGAGGCUGUUGCGGAGGCCGCGGAGGUCGUCGCCGAAGCCGCAGAGGUGGUUGCCGAGGUGGCGGAGGAGGUGGCUGCAGUGGCGGAGGAGGUGGAGAAGGUGGCGCAGGAGGUGGAGGCAGCGGCUGAGGCGGUGGCGGCGCCGGAGACUGUGGAGGCUGCGCUGGCCGAGGCCCUGGAGGAGCCAGCAGCAGAGGAGACCAACGGGACGGCGUCGGAGGCGCUCUCCACAGUAUUUAGUGCUCUGGCUCCUGUGGAGAUGGCUGCAGCCUCCAUACUGGAGCCAGUGGCCGUGAUCCCUGCAGAAGAGGAGCCUCUCCUUGUGGAGGAGGUGCCAGCUGCUCUAGAGGCCCCAUCAGCAGCUGAAGAGGCACCUUCUGCUCCUGCUGAGGAAGCCCCAGCAGUCGAGGAGGCCCCUGCUGCUCCAGAAGUGGUUGAGGAGGCCGCUCCUGCCCCAGCGGUCGAGGAGGUGCUAGUGACUGAAGCAGCUCCAGCAGUGGAGGAGGAGGCCGCUCCUGCCCCAGCAGUUGAAGCCCCUGCUGCCCCAGAAGUGGUUGAGGAGGCCGCUCCUGCCCCAGCGGUCGAGGAGGCGCUAGUGACUGAAGCAGCUCCAGCAGUGGAGGAGGAGGCUGCUCCUGCCCCAGCAGUUGAAGCCCCUGCUGCCCCAGAAGUGGUUGAGGAGGCCGCUCCUGCACCAGCAGUUGAAGCCCCUGCUGCCCCAGAAGUGGUUGAGGAGGCCGCUCCUGCCCCAGCAGUGGAGGAGGCUCCUGCAGUGGUUGAAGAAGCCCCUGUUGCUCCUGCAGUUGAGGAGGCGGCAGUGACUGAAGAGGCCCCAGCGGUGGUGGAGGAGGCACCAGCUUCCCCUGUAGCAGAGGAAGCACCGGCUGUACCCGCAGCAGAGGAGGCGCAAGCUGCCCCAGCAGCAGAAGAAGCUACGGCCCCAGUGGCUGUAGUGGAGAAUGGCGCAGAGUUGCCUGCAAGUCAGGAGGUGGUCGCAGAAAGUCCGGUCGUGGAAGAAGUCGUCACAAGUGUGGUUGUGGAAGAGGUCGCAGCAAGACCUGCUGCGGAAGAGGUUGUUGUUGCAAGCGUGGUUGAAGAGGUCGCAGCAAGUCCGGUCGUGGAGGAAGUCGCAAGUGUUGUCGAGGUUGCCCCUGAAAGUCCAGCAGUGGUAGAAGUGACCACGGUUCCGGCCGAACCCGAGCCCAUUGCUCCAGCCCCUGUUGAUGAGGCCCCAGCGCCAACUGAGCCUAAACGGGAGUACAUUGUGGUUGUCCUGGAAGGAGCUCCAACAUCUGACAAGAAGCCCAAGGUACUGGGAGUGUCCUCCAUGACCGGCAGGGUCAUCCCUGCCCCCGAUGAUGACGAGGAGCCGCUUGUCCAGGUAACAGGGAAAGAGGCGGCUGCUUAGAGUUCAAAUGCAGUAAGAUAAUCAUAUGGUUCUGUAAGGACUUUGAAUCCCUGGAUGGUAAAGCUCCCUCCGUCCCCCCAACUGGAAGAAGAAAUGGAUGUGCCUUUCCCCCUUAACCCAACCUUCCAGUACCAAACCUGACUCUCCUCCCCCUUACUGUCUAUCUGCAGGAAGUUUUGAUUUGUGGUUCCUCCUGGUUCCUUCGAAUAGAACAAUUUCAUGCAAUUACUUGUUCUACAAACAACCCUCCUCUCUCCCAGUCAGAGAGCUGAGUAUAGCGUUUAAGGCCACAGAAAGCAUGCACAAUCUAUCCAUAAUACCACAAUUAUUGUAGUUGGAAGUCCAAAUGUCAGUCAUGACUAUAGCUGCACUCCUACAUUUAACUCGCAUCUCAAAUUGCAGAUCUUUUCUUUUCUGAGUAACUGACUCGUGUCAUUUGAUCACUAUCGAGGAUCUGGUAAAACAAACUUCAAUAUUAAUGCAACUGGUUACAUUUUGCGAAGUGAUGCACAGUGGUAGUAGUGUAGUUUGCUCCAGGAGUCUGUUAACACGCGUGUAGUAAUUCAGGUGUCGGCCUAGAUAAUUUCUCUACCAGUCCAGUAACACUAUCACCUGCCUACACUUUAGUCUAUGUUUACCAAAUCUACUCUGUCCUGUCCUGAGCCAAUCCCUGCUUCUCUACUUUACACUGCCUUUGCUGCUGUUAAAGGGCUGUGUUGGUAAAUUAACUGUUGAACAAGCUUGACUUCAAGGUCAAUUGCAGGGUAGAGGGGAGCUACAGCUACGUUUCUAGUAGCGCUCUGAUUUUGGAAUUCAGCUCGGUUCGUUUCAGGUAACCUACCUCAGCCCUAACGCUUACCAGGCCAUGAUUCCUUACCACCAUCCCAACUGUUGCCGUGCCGAUUGGCUACACUAACCCCAGCAAAAACUGCCACAACAAGCUUUAAGCGAGCUCUACAGAAAGGGUCGCAGGCACUCCUCACUGCAAGCAGUUGUAUUUUUAUAUAACUUAAAAGAAAAUGCAUUAUUUAUUUAACAAGAUGUUAAAGGCACUACAGUUGUACACAAUGAAUUGCUGUUGUAUUUUAAAAGAUUACUGGCGUGUUUGGGGAAUCAUGGACCUACACUGUACCUUACUACCUCACUCCUCUCUAUAGGCUCCUUAAGCCCUCGAUCCUUCACUCCCUCUCUCCUGGAGCAAGCAGUGUUACAGCAAUAUCAGCAGUACUAUAUCUGAGGCAAAAAAUUUGAUCCUUAAAACAUUUGCUCGUCUGAUGGCUACUGAAGCCCCAUCAAAUCAUACAAUGUGAAGCACUUGGAAACAAUUGGUGCAUGUGGUGCGGUGUACCUAGACUUACCAGCGACAUCAAAAAUGACCUCAGGAUUGAGUCAGCUUUUCUGCUAGCAUUCUCAGUCAUAUCAACACCCUUAUCUUUCUCUCCACAAUUAAUGUUGCCCAGAUUGUUUCUUUCAAGUCCAUAACUGCAAGACAAUUCAUGCCCCAUCCUGAUCAAAAUGGUUGUUGUAGUGGGUACCAUUGCUGGCAGCAGACUGAUCGUGCUUCAGUGGUCAAUUAUAAUGAUCACUCAAGCACAUGGCUUGUGUGGUUCAGUGGUGUUUAUUUUGUUUUUAAACACUUGGUUGGUAUAAGGGAAUUUUUGUGUGAAUUUAUUUUUGCAUAGUUUUUUUUUUUCAGCUUGGCUUUUAAUGAUUUGCAAUAGAAGUCCCACUCUUCAGUAUAUUUCAUGAUCUCAUGUUUCAGCUGCUUCUUGCUAGGAUACUCAAACAGCUCUGUUAUAGUGUUUAGCAUUCAGUAUCUGGGUGUAAUUAACUGUUUCAUGCUUAUAUAUAGCCUAGUUUUUGCAAUUAAUUCAUUUUGCCAUUUCUGUAUUUAUCAUGUUUGAAGAAAGGGACCCUGAAGUGAAUGUAAGAACACAAAAUGAGUAGCUUUCUCAGUGUCUGUCCUUAUGUGUUUGCUCACUGCUGUCUUCUUUUACCUUUUCCUUUUUUUUGUAAACGUCAGCUGGCAGGGCAUGUGAUAUAGAACGUUGUGUUGCUCUGUUAGUUGCCUAGCUGAUGGUCCACCCUGGUGGCCAAUUUACUGUGAAUGUAGAUACAUUCUGCCUGUUUGAAAUAAAGAGGGAUGAAUAAUUAUA